UACUGUCUCUCACCAGGAAGAGGUGAGGCUGAUCAUGUAUUGUAUUAUAUUUUCUAUGUGUUUCAGUAUAUACGGUGUGUUCAUGUUUGUCCAGGGCCAUAAGGACUAUGGGAAGUGUGUGCGUCACUCCCAGUGCUGUGACUGUUCCUCCACCACCAGUUCACCUGGCUCUGUGAAGGGCGCCGCCCUACGGGCCAACAACCGCUACUGCAGUACCAACCAGGCACGCAGGGCUACUGCUAACAGACAGAGUCGCAUUAGGAGGAUGUGGAACGAUACAGUGCGCAGACAGACUGAGUCUUCCUUCAUAGCUGCUGAUGUUAACACCACACCUACACUCAACAGAGCUGGCCUGGGUAACCAUUUCCUGACUAACCCAGUGUUACAGACUCACCCUAGAGUCUCUCCUUAUGACAGCCUACUGGCUCAGGGCUACAGCCAGCCCUCCCCUGGCCUCUUCACCUCUACUGGGACCUUCAGAGACAUACAGAAAGGUGACGUCCUGUCCCAGAGCCAGGAGAUGGACAGUGUUUGUCUGAACGGAGGCUACAGCACCAACAGCUUCACCCUGCAGGGUCUGGGUGGGGGUGGUGGGGGGCCUCGGUCCGGGGUGGGUGGCAGCACAGACCUCCUCAGGGAGGGAGGAGGAGGGGGGGAGGACGCCUCCCCCGCCCCCCUCACCCCCCACGCCGCCGUGGGUCUGGGGGUGGAGCCUCACGGAAGCGGAAUGCGGAGGAACCUAUCGGACGCGACGGUCCUGGAGAACAUGAUCAUCUCAGAGCUGGUUCAGAGCAACUUGAGGCCGGCUGCAGCCGCGGAGCGCUACGGCAGCCUGGCACGCCCCCUGGACCGACUGACACGCCCACAGCCCUCCGCCCACGAGAGUUGGACGGUAGCUCGGGUGUCGACGCACACACAUGACCAAGAUCCGACACACGCGCACACGCACCAGGACGGCUGGACGCAUACACCUCGUCCUCUGCAGGACGUGCCGACACACACACCUCGUCCGCUGCAGGACGUGCCGACACACACACCUCGUCCUCUGCAGGACGUGCCGACACACACACCUCGUCCUCUGCAGGACGUGCCGACACACACACGCCAGGAGGAGAGCAACAGGAGCCAGCUGCAGCUGGGGGGCGGGACCCUCUCCCGUAGACUCCUCCUCCAGGACAGACAGACACGCCCCCAGGAGGCGUCGCUGCAGAUGCAGACCGCACGCCCACAUUCCACGUUGUCGCGGCAACAGCAGCAGGGCGUAGGGGGAACGCUAUCCCGUCACCGCAGCGGGGGUGUUGAGCCGGGUGGCGCGGGGGGUUCGGAGCGGGACCGUUACCGGGAUAGGCCGCUUCCUCCUCCCCCUCCUCCUCCGCCUCUGGAGACAGAACCCCUGUAUAAAGCCCUGGAGGAUCCCCUUCUCUAUGACCCCAGGGAUGGAGGGGUGGAGGGGUGGAAGGAGAGAGGGGUGGAGAGAGGGGUGGAGGGUUGGAACGACUCUCCCCAGCUCUACACCCGAAACUCACCCCCGCCACCACGAUUCUACACCCGUGAAUCUCCGCCCCUACUCCUGUCGUCCUAUCCUGACAGCAGCCCUGAAGGUCAACCAGAGGUUAGCCCCACCCCUCGACCCCACCGACCCCCUUUGGAAGUCCCCUACAGCCUGGGACGACCCCCUCUGGGCCCCAGGCCUAAUCACAUGCAGACUUUCUACCAGCCCCCACCCCUCACACCCCUCACGGCUAAUGGGGAGUUGGUUUACACAGAGCCCGCCAGCGAGGACGAUGAGGGACAGAUGCAACGGGUGACGAGUCUGUGA